AUGUUUUCAAAUCAAGCAUUUGCUGUUAUUACAGCAGUUGUGGCAAUUCUUCUGUCUAUUGCCAAAGUGUUUUUAGAACCAGAACCAGAAUUGCCCGACAAUAAUUUAAUCUUGGAAUCCAUUGAAUCCAUGUUUUUAAAUUCCUGGAACGAUUAUACUCAAUACGGUUACGGUUCAGAUAUUUAUGCUCCAAUCUCUCAUAAUCAUAGAAACUUCACUGGUGAUGAUAAACCAAUGGGGUGGAUCAUUGUCGAUUCUCUAGAUACAAUGAUGCAAAUGUAUAAUUAUACUCUUGCAGAAAAUGUCAACGUGACCCUUUACAAGACUACUGAUGGUUCUAUUGAUCAAUCCAAAUUAGAUUCCAUUGCUUCAAGAAAUGAACAAUUUAAAGAAGCUAUCUUGAAAGCUCAAGAUUGGAUACAAAAUACUUUAGAUUAUGAUAUUAAUGCUCCAGUAAACGUUUUCGAGACUACCAUUAGAAUGCUGGGUGGUCUUUUAUCAGCUUAUUAUUAUUCUACUGAAUUACAAAUCGGUAAUCCAAACGUUUAUUUAGAAAAAGCUGUUGAUUUAGGGGACCGUCUAAUCUUAUCCCUAGAAUAUUCAGAAAUUGGUAUCCCUUAUUCAAGUAUUAAUUUGCAAACUGGUAAUCCAAUUAGAAAUCAUGUUGAUGAUGGUGCUUCUUCCACAGCUGAAUUCACUACUUUACAAUUAGAAUUCAAAUAUUUAUCAUUCUUAACACAAAAUGAUAAAUAUUGGAAAUUAGUAGAAAAAGUUUAUAAACCAUUAUAUGAAAAUAAUAAUUUAACAAGUCCACAUUUCGAUGGAUUAAUUCCAAUUUAUACUGUUCCAGAGACUGGGAAAUUUUUUGGUGAAAAUAUUAGAUUAGGUUCAAGAGGUGAUUCAUUCUAUGAAUAUCUUUUAAAACAAUACUUAUUGACUCAUGAACAAAUUUAUUAUGAUUUAUAUAGAAUUUCCAUUGAAGGUGUUAAAAAACAUUUAGUCUCUAAAUCUUCAAUUAAUGGCAUUGUAUUUAUUGGUGAAAAGGAAUUUGGUUUAGACUCCAAGGGAUUAUCACCAAAGAUGGACCAUUUAGUUUGUUUCAUUGGUGGUGUAUUGGCCAUGGGUGCUACUGAAGGUUUACCAAUUGAAGUAGCAAAAGAGCAAGCAUUUUGGGAUGAAAAAAGACAAGAAGACUGGGAUUUAGCUCAAGAAAUUACAUUCACUUGCUAUCAAAUGUAUGAUCAAAUACCCUCUGGUUUAGCUCCCGAGAUUGUAGUCUUUGAUGAUGGUACUUCUGAUAUUUCUACAAACAAUUGGUAUCAAUCUUUUUACAAUGAUUUCUACGUCAAACCAAAUGACGCUCAUAAUUUACAAAGACCAGAAGCUGUCGAGUCUUUGAUGUUUAUGUACCAUUUGACAAAGGAAAAGAAAUACCGUCAAUGGGGGUACCAAAUCUUACAAAAAUUCAAAGAAAAUGCCUCUAUUAAGGAUGAAAACGAUACUGAUGAUUCUACUAUUAGAUAUACAAGUUUGGAAAAUUGCUUUGACGUUCCAACUGAAAAGAGAGACAACUUGGAAAGUUUCUGGUUGGCCGAAACUUUGAAAUAUUUCCAUCUAUUGUUCCAAGACGAUGUGGAUUUAACAAAAGUUGUUUACAACACUGAAGCUCAUCCUUUCCCAGUCCUUGAUCCAAAAGUUUUGGAGGAAAUGUCUUUGACCACUGGAUGGACUCUAGACAUUUAA